UCUGUCCUUGGACGGAACAUCUCCAGCUGCUGCCACAGGGCCAGGAGCCCGGCCUCCGAGAGAGAAAAGCCAUGGACCCCCCACAGCCUCAGCCUUUGGGGGCCGCACCUUAGGAGAGCAGCAGGGCAGCCUCCAUCCACCCCGUUCCACCAGGAAGGAGAGAGCUGAGACGCAGACCCUGAGCGCAGCCCUUUGCCCUCCCCAGGCCCCAGGUGGGCAUGGACCAGCAGCUGUGAACAGCCAGAGCUGAUGCCAGGUCCCCAGGGGGCCGGAGGAGCCCCCACCAUGAGCCUGGGCAAGCUCUCGCCCGUGGGCUGGGUGUCCAGCUCACAGGGGAAGAGGCGGCUCACGGCAGACAUGAUCAGCCCCCCACUCGGGGACUUCCGCCACACCAUGCACGUGGGCCGCGGUGGGGACGUCUUCGGCGACACAUCCUUCCUCAGCAACCACGGGGGCAGCUCCAGGGGCCACCACCGCUCACCCCGCAGCUUUCUGGCAAAGAAGCUGCAACAGGUGCGCAGGGUGGGGGCGCCCCCCCGGCGGAUGGCGUCCCCGCCCGCACCCUCGCCCGCGCCACCUGCCAUCUCGCCCAUCAUCAAGAACGCCAUCUCCCUGCCCCAGCUCAACCAGGCCGCCUAUGACAGCCUCGUGGUGGGCAAUCGCAGCUUCGACCGCAGCCCUGCCGCCUCUACGGACGGCCACUCCAGUUAUGGCCUGGACUCCGGGUUCUGCACCAUCUCCCGCCUGCCUCGCCAGGAAAAGGCUCGUGAGCGAGACCGUGAGAGCUCCUUCCCCCCUGAGCCUGAGCUCCGCCGCUCGGACUCCCUCCUUUCCUUUCGCCUGGACCUCGACCUUGGGCCCUCUCUCCUCAGCGAGCUCUUGGGGGUCAUGAGCCUCUCGGAAGCCUCUGCAGCUGAGGCCCCAGCCCCAGCCGCAAACCCCUCAGCCACUGCUACAAGCCCCCCAGCCCCUGUUGCAAACCCCCCACCCCCUGUUGCGAGCCCCCCAAUCCCUGCCGCAAGACCCCCAGCCCCUGCCUCCAGCCCCCCACCCCGUGGACACUGCCCCAAUGGGGUAACCGCUGGGUUGGGCCCAGUGGCUGAGGCGAGGGCCAGCCCUGUAGGAGAACGUCCCCGUGCACCUGCUGACAUGGCUCCUGGCAGGCACUGGGGAGCAGGCUGGGGCUGCAGCCAGGGCAGCCGCCACUACACUGAGAUGGAUGCUGGGCAGGAGCUGGUGGGGGUGCUGCCCCAGGCUCAGGCCUCUUGGGAGAGCCUGGACGAAGAGCGGGGGGCACCCCAGGCAAGCAGCAGGGCCCCCGUGCCCAGCACGGUGCAAGCAAACACCUUCGAGUUUGCUGAUGCCGAGGAGGACGAUGAGGUCAAGGUGUGAGUGGCCGGGUGUGGGCUCAGGACCCUGCACAGCCUCGGGGCACUGCCCUUGAGCCCAGGUGCAGAGCCAGCACCUCC